AUGCUGAUCGAGCUGGGCGUACUUGCUGGAGCUGAGAGGUGGCAGACGAUCCUGCUCAUUGUCUUUGAUGAACUUAUGCUGAUUUUUGGCAUUGCUUCCUCAAUGAGUCCAGCAGGCAAGUGGCCCUGCUUUAUGCUGGGCCUCUUGGCGUUCACGGGAGUCCUGCUCAAGCUCUUCCUCAGCCUCAACACUCGAGCGGAAAAGCUAGGAGGAGAGGCCGAAUUGCUUUUCAAAUUCGUUGCAAAUCGCACAGCCGAAAUUUGGUGCAUCUACCCUGUGCUUUUCGCCUUGUGCGAGUGCACGAAGACAUUGCCUGAGGAGAUCGAGGUUGCCGGCUAUGCAAUUGCUGACGUCAUAGCAAAGGGUGGUAUUCCAAUGAUGGUGUGGGUGUCGAUCGUAACGAACUCGAGAAAGCUUGGCAUAGCUCCUCCCAUCGAGCCAAUGGAGAACGAAGAAGAAGCCUUGGCUGAUGCAGCCUGA